AUGCCCCCUACUGCCACCAACUCCAUGCCUCCAAUUACGAUAACUUCCACGCCAUCAAUCGCCACCAUCAUAUCUCAGAGAGCUGAGAAAUGUCUCGAUUUGCCUACUCCCUAUGGACAAGUUUCCUACUUGAGUCGCUUUUCAAUCUGGUACCAUUCCAUCUCGACGUCUUAUCCUCUAGUCACAAGCAAGCAGUACAACGAUCAACUGAAAGAUGGACAUCUCAUUGUUCAACGAAACGUGUCUACAAAUGAAAGAACCCUUAAGAUUGCCAAGGAACAUGUUCCGUGGAUCGUGUUUGCCGUCCACGUUCUGCUGGACUAUACCACUUCUGUCAGUAUCAUUUCGGAGCACCUGAUUCGUCUCAAAGUACCCGACAUCACCGUCGAAAUGGUUAAACAGAUUCUCCCUUGGUGUAUUCGCAGCAUGGAUGGCUCGGAAACAAAAUGGGCCGAGCUCUGCAAACCGAGAAAACAGCUCCACUACGACGAAAUGAUGAGUCUUUGGAAGAAGAUCCACAAGCACCACGUGUCCCACAAGUCGCUAAAUCCGAGUGCCAACAAAGCUGGAUUGGUCUUCUUUGGUCUCUACAGAGAAGAACAGGGAAACUCUUACCUCAUCUACUUUAUCGACCACACCACUCAAGCUACCGUUUCUCUUUCUGCCUUCCAACCCAUGCGCCCAAACGACGUUAGAGACAAGCUACAGAGAGCUCUUAAGGCUUUCAUGAAGACUUAUGGUCAACCCAAAGCCUUUCUGUUCAUGAACCCCUGUUGGGGAGAAACCAAGUGGCUUGCCACAGAGCUCCAGAUGGCAAUUGCCAAUCUUCAUCCUUUUGAUCCGAUUGUUUCCAUUUACAAGACAGAAAAAGAGGAUGAAGUGCCUGUCAAAAUCGCGGAAGCCUUCCGCAACAUUUCUUGUCAUUUGUUUUCAGAAUACCGGACCAGACGACAUGUGGCACAGAAACGACGACCAUACCAAACUCCUCUUUUGAAAGUGGAUCUUCCCAAAGACGCUCACCAUAGCGAGACUAUCAAGUCCUUCUUGCCUCAUAAUAUGAUGCUUCCAGCCAGACAUACCGCUCGGUUCUGUGUCCAACAUCCUCCUUUGGAUACGACAUUCACAACGUGCUCAUCCAGCAACGUUACAUUGUUCCGAAUGAAAUUCCCCGGACAAACAGUCAAGAUCCCACCUGACAACCUCCACGACCAUCUUUCAAGCCUGUCCUUUCCUGACCCUCGAUCCGAUUCUUAUGUCCAGGCACAUCCUCCACUUGUUGACAUGGGUGCCGUGGAUCUGGCUGUCAUCUCUCAGCUGGUUGAAGAGUCGCUGACCUUCAGUCUGGCAUCACAUCAGCUCCCUGAUUACAGUGGUGAUCUGAAAUUGGAUGCCAUCAGUCAACGCAUUAUCGACUACCUAGCACAGAAGCAUAUGAAAGUUGUCAAUCGCUAUGCGAAAGUGCUCCAAGAUGGAAAGUCUCUGCCCGAAAAUGUUGAGCCGGCUCCUCCUCGAGGUACCAAGCGUGUUUCAACCGAGACUCCCGGCACUUGUGUCAAGAGAGUGAAGAUUGGGGGUGAUUCUGGUAAGACUGAAGAUACGAUCAAAGGCUCAGAGUCGGGCCGAGUGAGGUACAAGAAUGACCCUGGUCAAGGGAAGUCUCCAGCACCUAUACAAAAGAAGACUAAAAGACGAGGAAUAAAAAGAGUCCGAUUUGUGGACGACUCUGAUACGGAUGAGUCUCCCCCAUCUCCCUCCAAGACCACCCUAGAUCCGGAAGGAAGGUGGGCGGCAAUGUCAGCUUCUUUCAAGAGUUGGUUUGAUGGGUUCAGUUGGUGA